CUUUCGUAUCCCAGCAGGAAGUUCGGCAGCUGGGCUUCUCAUUUUGAGAAGUGUCGGUCGUACGACGACGACUCGAAGCCGGCGGAGGUUCCCUGAUGAGAGGCCGGUCGAAAGGGCUCUCAGCCGCGUACAUCAGCCACGGUUAUUUGACAAAACCAUGUUCGAAGUCCCGCCAUGGAGACACUCUUUUGAGUCCACCGCCUGGUGCUUUAGUGAGCUAUUGACGCCGAGGGGUGACGCGCUGUGGUCGGCAUGGCCAACGUCAAAGUGGCGGUUCGAGUCCGACCCCUCAACGCGAGGGAAAGUGCAGAUGGGGGAAGGUUGGCAGUCCAUGUGGAGGACAAGUUUGUGAGGAUCCAAAAUGUCAAGUUGGAACCGCGCGCCGAUCACGCCGCGGAUUCCAGGGAGAAGCUCCUGGAGUUCCGCUUCGACUACUGCUACUGGUCGGUGCAGCCCGAGGACCCCCGCUGUGCAACGCAGGAGGAGGUAUUCCAGGACUUGGGUGCGUCUGUGCUGGCGGGGGCUUCCCAGGGCUACAACGUGUGUCUGUUCGCUUACGGCCAAACGGGAUCCGGCAAGACGUACACCAUGAUGGGCACGCCGGACUCCAGCGGUUUGACGCCUCGGAUCUGCCAGGCCCUGCUCCGCUCUCAGGAUACGCUUCCCGACGGGCAGAACUCCAGCAGGGUGGAGAUCAGUUUUCUGGAAAUCUAUAACGAGCGAGUGCGAGACCUGCUGAGCGCCGGCGAGCAGAAGAAGAGAGCCUCGCUAAGAGUCAGAGAGCACCCCGAGAAAGGGCCCUACGUGCAAGACCUGUCGCAGCAUGUGGUGUCAGACUGCCGGCAGGCCAUGGACCUCCUGGAGGCGGGCGUCGCCAACCGUAUCACGGCGGCCACGCACAACCACGACGCCAGCAGCCGCUCACACGCCAUCUUCACCAUCCAGUACACUCAGGCCUCACUUGAGAACAAUCGUCCUUCGGAAACCGUCAGCAAGAUCAAUCUGGUGGACCUGGCCGGGAGUGAGAGAGCGGAUCCCAACUACUGCAGAGACAGACUAACUGAGGGCUCCAACAUCAACAAGUCGCUGGUCACGCUGGGCAUCGUCAUUUCCGCCCUUGCCCAGAACUCGCAGAUGUCCAGCAGCUGCCAGAGCAUCAACAGCGUGGCGUCGGAGGGCGACGGCAGCACGGCGGGAAGCCACAGCAGCUUCCUGUCCGGUGGUGCAAGUGCGGGCAGGAGGCACUGCUUCAUCCCUUACAGGGACUCUGUCCUCACCUGGCUGCUGAAGGAUAGCCUGGGGGGCAACUCCAAGACCAUUAUGAUUGCAACCGUCUCCCCCUCCGCCAGCAGCUACAACGAGACUCUCAGCACCCUGCGCUACGCUGCCCACGCCCGAAAUAUCGUCAACAAGCCCCGGGUCAACGAGGACGCCAACGUGCGGCUGAUCCGGGAGCUGAGGGAAGAGAUCGACCGGCUGAAGAGUAUGCUGCUCACCUUUGAAAUGCAGCGUGAUCCCAGUCCAUCCCUGAGUGACGAGAGAGAGGGCACGCUGUCGGACAUCGUGCUGCAAAACGAGAUGAAGGUGGAGCAGCUGACCAAAGACUGGUCGGAAAGUUGGCGGGACAAGCGGGAGCUGCUGGAGCAGUACAGCGUGGACAUCAAUCGGGACCGCGCCAGCUUCCUGAUCAACUCGCUGAGGCCGCACCUGCUCGCCCUGGAUGGGGACGUCCUCAGCACCGGCGUGGUCUUGUAUCACCUCAUGGAAGGAGUUACCCGCAUUGGACCCAAAGACCAGUUUGAAGAACCACAAAUAGUUCUGCCAACUGCUGCAAACUGUGAGAUCCUAAACGACGGUGGUGUGGUCACGCUGAGGCCGCUGCCGGGUUGCACCUGCCUCCUCAACGACAGGGAGAUCACUGAGCCCUGUAGGCUGGCGCAAGGAACAGUGAUCACCUUGGGAGGGCUUCAUAAAUUUCGCUUUAACCACCCAGCGGAGGCGGCGGUCCUCCGGGAGCGGAGACGCAGGGCAAGUGAAGGCAGCUACGUUGACAUUUGCCCUCAGACCCUUGAUCACGGCAAAGAGGAAGAAGGGCUGCCUGCGGUGUGUUUGUCCCUUGGCGAGGAGUCGACUGCCAGGCGGCACGUGGAGGAGCAGCAGCGCUAUGUGGAGGGUUUGCGCCAGCAGAUUGGCUCUGAGCAGAGGCGGACCGAGAGAGAGCUGGAGAGGGAGCAGGCCCAACUUCGGCAGCAGCACAGCGAGGUCCACCAGUGGAUCCUGCAGAAGAAGCGUGACCUGUUAGCUGCUGAGCAAGGAGACACUCAGGACCUUGGAGUUCAAACGGACUCCCAUCCGGACCCCCUUCUGGAAUACCUCAACAGAUAUGUGUUGUACGGUCAGGAAGUUCAGACAGAGAAUUGUCCGUCACUGGUUGUCAGGGUCAGGAAGACGGCAGUCCAGGAGGAGCUACUGAAGCAUCACGCCCUGUGUCGCGCCGAAAGCCGCCUUCACCGGAAGAAGCUGCAGUUCCAGCUGGAGAGAGUUGCCCGCAAGAGGCGUCUGUUGGAAGCAAAGAGAGAAUUGCAGCAACUGGAAAAGGCCCUACCGCCUGGAUCGGAAACCCCCGAGACCCCCGAGGAGGGGUUUCCACCGAAGUUUGUUUCUCCAAAACCUUCCUUCUCUGUUGAUCUUGUGUCGCGCCUGUACCCACAACAUACCCCGAUCUUCAAACACUUCCUGAAGAGAAAGAAAUCCACAGAAAUCACUUCAAAUUUCCGAUCUCCUGCAUGUGUUCGGAGCAGGAAGUGGGUUUCAGAUGAGUGCCUCGCCUGGGAAAGGACCUGGAGUAGCUCUGACACACUUCCCUCAGGAGUAAGUCAGUCCUGCCAAGGAAGAGGCAGAUCCUCUGAAAACAUUGGACCGAAUUCCAAGGAGGAGGAGAAUUCCGUGGAACCUAAAUGUCGGUGGCGCACUGAACGAAAACCCCUGCUUCCACAAAGAGAACUGUCUUUUAAGAACAGAUCCGACCAGAACACGGCUGCUCCACCGAGGUUGCCCCUUUGCGUCCCCGUGCAGCUGCUUGGCAAAGAAAACGUCGCAACUACCAUACCAAUAAUUCCUUGCGUUGAUGUAAAAAGACAAACACAGUCGAGUGUCAGCAGAAAAUCCGUCGCUAAUUCUGUGGAUCCCAACGUGUCGCAAAAACUGCCAUCGGUUUCAAACGACCCCAAAGUUGUAGGAAAGACGGCCAGUCGAUCUCUUAGAAGCUAUGAAGAUAGUGACAUGAUGAAUGUAAGUCCCAUUAAAACGGCCAUCUCUUGUGAAGAGCUCGAGCAGAGCGAUCCAUUCGCGUGUCCGAAAAGAUGGCACAGCACGGAGGCUCUGAGGAACAAGACAGGCCAGUGGUUGGAGAGACAGCAACGAUGGAAGGAUAAGAGUGAAUGGAAAGUAGUAGAGGAACGGCAGGAAGGUUCCUCUGACUCGGACAGCCUCUUCUCCCUCGAUUAUUUAUCCUCUGCAUACGCAACGGCUCUCGUGGAACAGCUGAACAGUGAGGAAGUGGCUCAGAGCGAAACGGAGAGCGAAGACAGUGAAAUGUCGAAAGACUCGCUCGCGGUGGGCAAGUGCUCUGCUGUAACGAGCUCUUGCCAGAAAGUGGUUCCAACGUACUCUUUGGUGGCAGAUGCCCGUUGCGGCAAUCGUAUAUUGGCAAUUGGGCCAGAAUGGAGCAGCUGUCAAGAUCCUGAAGCUAUUCCUGCAGAGACGCACCGGAGCCAGCAAGAUUCCCUUAAAUCAAGACCUGAAAUCGCCAUAGUAGACACUUUAAGAGAUGUGCAAGAUAACAUUGGUCAACCAGGUCUCCCUGGUUCUGUCGUUGCAAGGUUGUCCGAGAACCUGCCGCCACCGAUGGAUGCAUGCGCCUCCCUUGACGUGGUUGGCAGUUGCGGGCUGCGCCGAGACUUUCUGUCGCCACGAAACGAAAGCAGCAAAUCUUCCAGCUCAGUCAACGCGAGCGUCUCAGAUGGCCCGAGUCCGUCUCGGGAUUAUAGCUUCACAUUGUCCGCGCAGGUUUUGAAUGAUCAAUCAACCAAGGAUCUGAUGUCACAGAAAGAGAAAGAACAGCCAGACAGUGGGACCGAGUAUUUAGUUGUGGGUCCCAAACUUGAAAAUGGUAUUGCGACUGACCUGCGUACCUCAGGUUGUCAGACAGAACUUCAUCUGUUAAACUUUUCGGGGUUAAGUCAAGAAUCUACAGCAGAUUCUUUUAAGGCUUCCCACAAAAAUGAAGUACUACAUGGUGAAGUUACACACCAACAGUCUGAUCUGUCCGGCCAUCGCAUUACUAAAGAAUCUUCCCUCACGAAGGCUGACUCAUCAGACCGGAAUGACACCAAAGAUGUCGAUGCAACAUAUUUUCCCUUGCAGCAUGACUCGUCUGGUAAAAAUUCCAGGAAGAGAAACCAAGAGCAGCAGGAGGCUUUUAUGGGGAGCCUGAAAAUGCCAAAAAGAAGCCCUUCACCCGUUGACAACCAGGAAGCUACUUCCUGUGAUAACAUGCCUAACUUGAAAAAAGAACACCGUGAUGAAAGAAUCUCCAACUGUGGAUUUGUAUCUCCUGGCAUUUCUGAUCCCACACCGAAGAAACUUGUGAGCGACCCCUCUAGCGGCGAUAUUAAAGUAGAACACGCAGCAAUAAAACAAGUGGUUGCCGAUACAAUGGAGGCAGGGUGUCGCGGCGAAACUCUUGGAAGAAAGUAUAACUGUCAGUCCGAGGCCAUUUGUAGCGCCAUCGACUUGAGAAUCGCACAAGUGGUCCAAGAGCAUUUAAAGAUGUCACUGGUUGGCAGCUGCAGUCGCAGCCUAGUCUCAGAUUGUGAUCAUCAGAGAAUCAACCAAAUAAUGAAACCUACGCAAGAUAACAGGAGUGAUCAGGUCAAAGAAUUGACCGACGAUGGAGAAACUACCAAAAGGAGACUCGGGGAUACUCAAGUAAAAACUGUUGCUACAUUGGCAACAUUUGAGAAAAAGCAAACGGGCCGCCAAGUGCAAGGCGGCUGGACCGAUAAUGCGAGUCAACCAAAUCUGCAGCUUUGCGUCACCAAAGGAAACUGUCGUGUGGAAGGCACGUCCGGCAUUGACUGUUGUCACGCCUGCAGCACACAAUUACCAAAGAAAGGUGAGCAUCCUCACAAGUUAUCCUCUGAUGGAGGUAAUAUUACUGAUGCCACGUCUGGGACUAAAGCUUCUGCCAAAGGGCGAGAUCAGCCCAGCAGUCCAUGCUUUAAUGACCAUUCUCAGUCUUGUGGGGCCAGUAGGAAUGACAACACCAGCGACAAAUGUCAAGGUUGUCCGUGCAAGUUUGCCAAAGUCCAACAUAAAGGACCUUGUGUGAGCAGUCAGUCUGUCACAGAGAGGUUUUCAGCAUUAAGGGAUGACAAGAUGGUCACGGACGUAAGUGAUUGUGGAUCUGUUGGCAUACAGUGUGAUUCGUAUCUGCUGAAUAAAAAGAACAAGUCCAAAAGGUUCCGGAGAACAAAAAUGCAUCUUCCCCCUUGCGUUUCCUUUCAGACGUCAUCAUCCGAUGAAGACCAAACCUCUAGCAAGUGGUCAUCUUCUCAGCUACGACUUGAUAGUGCAGGCAAACCAGAUCUCAGACAAUCUAACGCUGAGAUUUCCAACGCGAACUGCAAGAUAGAUCUGAUAGAAGACGUUGCAUUUUCCAGAAAAAGCUUCUCGAUACCUCCACGAUCAAUUUCACCGAGGACCAAUGCAGAAAAGUCUCAGGAAUCUCUGAUGCGUUUUUCCUCCAGCGAUGUCAAACCAUUUGUUCAUCAUUGGCAAGAUGGUGACCGAUCAUGCUGCAAGAACCCCGCCUUUGGCAGCGCUGCCGAUCUGUCACGCAAAUCCCCGCUUUUGAACGCCUCAGAAAAACUCAUUCAAAGGUGCUGUAGCGUCGAUAAUGACUUAAACGGACAGAACUUGCCCUUCAAUUCCCAUCUUAGCACCUACGCCGCUCACAAGGGGCUCUCCAGCACGCUUAGCAGCAUUGAACCGACGGUCAACAUCACUUUGUCCGGCGGGUUUGUCUACUCCUCUGAUCCGGAGUUAAGCCAAAACUCCUCCCAGCGGUCCGCAAAUAAACACAGCAUUCAGAUCCAACUGGUCGAGCCGGCCUCUCUGCGGAGGAGGGAGCGGCACAAAAGGAGUCAAACGGACGUUCCGAAGACCCCGGUUCAAAUGAACAAGUUCCUGACAUGGAACAGUAUGGAAAGCAUGUCUGUCCACCUCUCAAAGCUGAUCCACAGCACCUCGGACCUGCUCGGAGAUGUCCAGGGAAUGCGGACGGGUCGUGUCAGCGGGCCAAGUUCUCGACCGAUCCCAAAUAUCGGCGUCGACUGCUCGACUCAAUCCGCCUCGGAUGUCGGUGUUCAGACGGAAAGAUAUUUGACACCCACAAACACGGAGAGGCACCAAAGGUCCGAAGCACAUGAGAUCAACGUGACGCUGAGACUGAUUGGUGCUGAGGUCCUUUCACCGGACAAAAACCCUCUUGGUUUGGAGGAAACAACUGAGACUGGUGACAAGGAAGUCAGGACGUCUAACGAUGUCCAACGAGGGACAAUAAGAUCCACUCCCAUAAAAAAAACCUUGCCCGAGAUGUCGCGCCAUCGUCUUACCGGCGCCACUGAAAAAAGCCGGAGACCGAACGGAUGCCCAGAAAAGCAAAUCUCGUCAAAGCCUGCGACAACAUUUGCAGAUCGGGCAUCGUCCCCCAUUGUCACUGUGGGUUUACGGCAAACGUUGAAGACUGGAGAAAGACAUCAAAGUGGACGCAUGGAAGAGAAAAGCUUCCCUAAAUAUCCUUGCGGGUCAUCGGGACUGGAUUGUGCCAUUUGCUCCGCUAAAACACCCCAGAAAGUCUGUGAAAAGAGUGGCUCAAGUCUUAAAGACUCUGAGGAUUUUUUACAAAGCUCACCGGUGGACAGAACCCCUCAUCGCAAUGGGAUUACCGACCCUCAGCCCAAAUGGAACUCUUCACCGAGUUCUCAUUGGUCAGACUUUUCUCUGCAGAACUACACCUCCGCCCCAGAAAAGGAGACCGACGCUCUUGUCAUCGAAUCCAAAGCCAUACAAUCCACCAAACCGGCCCAGCAAAGGCCGAAAGGGGUUCCUUUUUCUGGCGACGCUCGCGGUUCAUCUCCGGCGGCAUCCCCGACGCCAAGUGAGUGCAACACUGACAUCCUGGUGAACGCUAAACCAAUCACCAGAGUGGACACCGAGACCCUGCCCGAGGACCUGCCCUUGCACAAUAAGUUCACCAACUGGUCCGGCAUCAAUCCUCGGAAAUCCGAACGCUGCGGUUUUUCCGACGCGUCCGAGAGUUUCACUUCUAACUCUGGAGGAAGGUUAAGAGAGAUCGAGUGUCUGCGUCAGGAAAGGGAACAUGUAAUGGCUUCCGUUGGCCUCGGGGCCAACGCCACGCCGCUGACCGUGGAGCUCGCUGAGGCCAAGCUGCACUACGGCCUCGGAGAGACGGACGCGCUGCUCAAGAUGCUGUCUCCCAGGUCCACGGAAGAUGUCCCGGUGAAGUGUGUGACCUCCGCCCUUGGAAAACAGCAGCCUAGGGAUCGACACCGUUUGAGCAUCGAAGGUUUGCACAAAAAGACGGACGAGCGUCCUCAAACAAGCCGCCGGGCUCGUAGCCUGAGCCCCCGCAGACAUCAUCUCGGAAGCCCUCCAGCCCCUCCCGACCGACAGCUGAAGCCACCGAACGGCAGAGUACGAGACCCGGCGAGCGGCGGUAGCACGUACCCGUCGGACAUCGAGCAGCUGCUGCGCGAUUAUGGCCGCGCUCGGCAGGAAGCCAUGAGCGAGAUCGCCAAGGCGAGGGAGCGACUGCGUGAAAGGACCGAACAGGAGAAGAGACGGACUCAACGGCAGGGUUUAUCUCCAGAGUCCAAGGACGACCCGAGGCAUGGAACCAGGAUCAGCAACAGCACCUUGUGCACCGGAUCCAGCCUGAGCCUGUCAUCUGGACCCACGUCGGGGUACAACAGUGGCAACGCUCUGCAACUGCAACACGGCCGCAGACUACCUCCUGGGCAUACCACCACAUUUCUGGAGAACGGUGAGAAAGUUGCCUCACGAAUCUCCAUUUCUGCUCAGGACGUCCGUGUUGAUCCCUUGGUGACCUCAUCAUCGUCAUCUCCACCGUCUUGUACUCGACACCGCGCCAGCUCUUUUGGCUCCUCUUGCUCCUCCUCCACUUCCACUGGCUAUCAGGACAUAACGGCAACGCUGCUGGGCCGAGCUCUGGCUGAGGUCCGACUGGCUUCCUGCGGUGAUUUGAGCAACCUCGUGAAUGGGAAAGCUUCUGUUGGCUGGAGACACCAGGGAGAAGAGCGAGGCAUCCAGGCUUACUACAGGGCAUCGUCGAGCCCGUCGGUGCACGCCUUCCUUGGGGCGGUGGAGCUGGAGGGAACUCCGGAGCGCCUGUGGACUGUCCUUCGCCAUCUCCGCAACGCUCAGGACUACCACCCGUCCGUCCGCACCGCGUGGAGUCGCCCUCUAGAUGGCAGCACUCACCUAGUCUACCUUUUGACAGACAUGUCCAUCUGCUGCCACCUCAGCCAGCCGCGAGACUUUUGCUGCAUCAGCGCUGAGUCCAAACAGGGCGACAUCAAUGUGCUGGCCAUGCAGUCGGUAUCGGACGAGUCCCUCCCGCGUCCCAACCCCGGCGCUGUCCGAGGCGAGAUGAUGACCAGCUGCUGGCUCCUGCAGACAAUCAGAUGCGGGAGCAGACAUGAGGCCACCCGGGUAGUCUACCUGCUGCAGGUGGACUUGGGCACACCGUCUUUCCCGCCGCAGCUCGCGGGCGCGGUGGCCAGGAGGCAAGCGGCCAUCUUGGCAGACCUCAUCGACGCGGUGGACACGUGAUCGGCUGUCCGCGCUUCUCAUCGGAGGCAUUGCAGCACUUCAUUUUUGCACCUGACAUUUUAUAAUCAUAAUUUAAUUGAGUUUUUAUUUUUCUACACUCGAGCGCUAUUUCUUCACGCACAGCUUUAUUUUUAUACAUAUGAAGGUUGGAUUUAUUUGUUUGUUUGCUUUCUACAAUCACAACGCUAAUUUACCAAAGAUACUGGAUAUUGUGGUAAUCUUGUUGGUGACAGUUUGAGCCUGGAAGAAACGAUUUGUAUUUCCAUUGAUACACAAAGUGGUGCUGGGGGGGGUUGGGUGCGGGGGGUUCAGGGUAGCUGCUUUACUAUUUUGAUUAUUUAAAUUGUAUUAUUUUCUACGGGGCAAAAAAAAUGUGUGAUGCUUACCCCGGAACAGACAGGUUCUAUUUUCAUUGUUCCGUAAGGAAAAAAAAAUGAUGAUGGAAAAGCUUUUUUUUUCAGCUAUGCAAGUUCUAUGAAAAACCAAAGACGCCAACAAAAAUCAAGGCACAAUGAAGGAACAGACUUUUUUUAAUACCGUUUAUUUUUUGUAUUUUUGCUCUAAAUUUGUUUCUUUUUCUCUUAUUUAUGUUUAAAAUUGUAAAUGUUAAAAUUGUUUAUAUAUACAGUAUAUAUUAUCCAUAAACAAUGCAGUUUUUGCUGUUUUUAUACUAUUACUAAAAAUGUCGUUUGAUCAUAUGAUUAAAAAAAAUCUGAAUUUUUA